AAUACACUAUCUAUGCGCGUGCGCAGGUUCGCGCACGUCGGAGGAGCUGAGUUGGAGGAUCAUGGCGGAGCGCAGGAAGCACAAGAAACGGAUCCAGGAGGUGAGCGAGCCCACCAAGGAUGAGAAGGCGGUGGCCAAGUACCUCCGAUUUAACUGUCCCACCAAGUCCACCAACAUGAUGGGCCAUCGAGUCGACUACUUCAUCGCCUCGAAGGCCGUGGACUGCCUGCUGGACUCCAAGUGGGCGAAGGCUAAGAAGGGCGAGGAGGCGCUGUUCACCACCAGGGAGUCUGUGGUGGAGUACUGCAACAGGCUCCUGAAGAAGCAGUUCUUCCACCGGGCUCUCAAAGUGAUGAAGAAAAAACCAGAGAAGGAGAUCAAGAAAGAGAAGGAGAAGGAAAAAGAGAAGGAGAAGGAAAAAGAGAAGGAGAAGGAAAAAGAGAAGGAGAAGGAAAAAGAGAAGGAGAAGGAGAAGACCAAGGGCGACAGCAGCAAAGAGGAGGAGAAAAAAGGGAAGAAAGAGAAAGAGAGGAAGAAAGAGUCCGAAGUUGCUGAAACCAAGAAGGAGAAGAGCGAUGACAGUCCUGGAACUCCCAAGAAGAAGAAAGACGUGAAGAAGAAAUUCAAACUGGAGCCUCAUGAGGAUCAGCUGUUUCUAGACGGAAACGAGGUGUUUGUCUGGAUUUACGAUCCUGUUCAUUUCAAGACGUUCGCCAUGGGACUGAUACUCGUCAUUGCAGUGAUCGCAGCCACGCUGUUCCCUCUGUGGCCGGCAGAGAUGCGAGUUGGAGUUUAUUAUCUGAGUGUAGCCGCAGGCUGCUUCGUGGCCAGUAUUCUGCUUCUCGCUGUCGCUCGCUGCAUCCUCUUCCUCAUCAUCUGGGUGGUAACGGGCGGGCGCCACCACUUCUGGUUCCUCCCCAACCUAACGGCCGACGUGGGCUUCAUCGACUCGUUCCGCCCGCUCUACACUCACGAUUACAAAGGGCCGAGAGCCAAGAAGGACAAGAUGGACGACAAGGAGGAGGGUGGCAACAAGAAAUCAGACAGCGACGAGAAGUCUGACAGCGAGAAGAAGGACGGCGAUGAGGAGGACGAGGAGGAGGAGGAGGAAGAGGAGGAGAGCAAAGAGGUGGAGGAGAGUAAAGAGGCGGAGGGGGGGGGAACGGGGGCGGAGCGUCACUCAGACACAGACAGCGACCGGCGGGAGGACGAGGGCUCGCAGCACAGCAACGGAAACGACUUUGAGAUGAUCACCAGGGAGGAGCUGGAGCAGCACACUGAGGAGGAGGAGGAAGAAGAGAAGAAAGAUGAGGAGGAAGAAGAGAGGAAAGAGGGGGAGGAAGAGAGGAAAGAGGAGGAGGAAGAGAGGAAAGAGGAGGAGGAAGAGAGGAAAGAGGAGGAGGAAGAGAGGAAAGAAGUGGCGGAGAAUGAGACGAGUCCUCAGACUGCUGAAACAUAAACUUCUUACAAUCCCAUCACACUUUCUCUCUCUCUCCCUCCCCUCCUUCCCUCCCUCCUCGAGGCCGAGGAGCCGCUCCAUCUCUUCGUGUUGAGAUCUUCCACUAAACAGCACCAGGAUGGACACGUAGGGGAAAAUAGAUAAUGGCUACGACAAUGGGGGGGAUCAUCUAAAAGAAGCCUUACAGAGGAUCCGAGUCCUCCCACCCACAUGUUAUUUAUGUCAAAACGAAAACUGCCACCAACUUGUUUGCCUGAGGAAGUUUGUCCUUUUUGUUCUCACGUCCACUUUCUUUUGGUGUUGUUUCCUCUCCAAAUGUUUUUAUUUAUGUCCCCUUUCUUUAAAAGUCAGUGUCAGAGCCCCCCCCCCUGUUGUCUUUGAGCUCCAUGUUGUUGGUACAAUCACGUUAGCCAAAAAGCCCUCGUUGUUUUUGUGACAGGAGAACGCUCCACUUCCUGUUGGCAGCGCUUAAAGGAACAGUACACCCCAAAAUCAAAGACACACAUUUUCCUCUAACCUGUUGUACAAUUUAUCAAUCUAUAUUGUUUAAGCUCAUCUGAGGAGGACACCAUUGAUGUUUACAUCUCACCCUGUCUGUCACUAGAACUUGAGUACAUGCACACUUUUUUCUGUGCAGUGAUUCGGUAGAAUUAUCCUGAGUCACUGGGUCAUGAUUUCCGGAAUAGGAAAGUGACGUUGAGUGUUUCAAUUCGAGUCGAGUGCCACGUAGUUCCAUAAUAUUUCCGAGAGAAGGGAGCCAUCCUCCUUCUGAUGUCUCCAACAGCAACUCCCAAAGACAGAAACAAGCUAGAUUGAUGAAAAGCUAUACCGGCAAGAGGAAAAAUAUCAUCUUUGAUUUGGGGGAGAAGUUUCCCUUCCAAUCAAACUGACCAGCAUGUCUGCUUUGAAACCCCAACCAAGCCAGAUGGACCAAACCCUGAAGUUUACUCGAAGAAACCUAAAGUCGACCAUGUUGUGGCUGGAUGGAGUGUUAUUAGAGCAGACUCGUACAGCUAGCGGAGGUGAUGCCAGACAGAUGUUGACCAUAGUGCGAGCUGGGACACAGCUGGCGUGCUUAGCUUUCUUUCUUCUUCAAAAGAUUGUCAGCAUUUGUUGUACCGCUAAAGCUAGAAGAUGUUUAAUUCUCUAAUGAAACUGUUUAUUGCAAACCGAACCAGAUAUAAAGUCGACUCUAGUGCCAAACAAGACUAAUAAUGAUGUUAUGCAGGCUCAUGCGGAUUGUUGAGAGCGAGGGUACGUUUUUGUUGAUUUGUUGAUUUUGUAACCGCCGUGUCAAACUCCUUAAACCUUUCACGUCUUUGAUAAAAUAAAAAGCACAGCACAAAGUUGUUAGUGUGUAGCUAAACAAAGAUUUUUGGUCUCAAUGAAACCGUUUAGACGCCCAACGUAAACCGUUUCUGUCUCAGAGGCCGUCGUGAAAAUCCAGACUGCAAUUUAAUGUCCGGACAGAGCGCGGUCCAAUCAGAUCCUUCAUCACUUUCUGCCUAGAGGCUCUUUUUAGUCAUAGCAAGGAUUAUAUUGAAGUAUAAGAAAUAGUAUCAUUUAUAUAUGGAUUCUAUGGAUAUAUCAAAUAUAAACAUAACAGUAUAAUAAAGUAUAAAACUCUUUUUCCUUUCAUUUUGUAUUAGUUCAUUUUUAUUUGUAUGUGCUUUUUGUUUUUUCUACGAUCACAAAGCGCAAACUCAUUAUUUAAAGGAAACAUCUGGGGUUAGAAAACAGUGGGAAUUUAUUACAUACAAGUUUUUCUGUAUAUUUUUACAUUUCCUACCGUAACAUUGAUUGUUUCCACGUGGAUUUGUCUCACUAACAAUUGGUCAGUUAUUAACCCGAGCUUAUACAACCAGUGGCCAAAUCUCUCCUCGUAAAACAAUGAGUUAAUAUAUUCCACACGGCUUCCUGUAGUUUGUUUGACCUGCAAGUGAACUCACUUAGACUGUGUUAGUAGUCUCCUGUAAUCCCACUGAGGUGUGUAGCUCUUCAACUUUCUGACUCCAUGUCUUUUCUUUUUGAUUAUAUUUGUUUUCUUCCCCAAAGGGCAAAGUGCAUCUGUUUCCUGAGUUGCCAGUUGCUGUUCUCUAAACAUUGGCUUAGCCGUUUCACAAAAGAGGAAAGAAUACCAAUUCUCCCAAUAGUUCUUGACUGUCGCACAGUAUCGGUCUGUUGUGUAUUGUAGUAUUAUUACACUAUGCUGCUGCUUCUAAUCGCACAUCUCUGGGGGAAAUAAAAAAGUGAAAUUGUAAAACAUCAAUGUUUUAUCUGUGGUCAAAAGUCUGUCUUUUGAUCACCUAGUUGUCUUCAUUUGGAUCAAUUUCAUUCUGAAGACUGUCUCAUGCAAUAUUGGAGUAAACUUUAAUAAAACUGGAUGUCUGGAAAUAUAUCUGUAUCUUAUUGCAAUAAAAAUAUAGAAAGCAAA